ACAUUUCACUCAGUAUCGUUAAAAUGUCUCUCAAAGCAGCUUCGGUGAUCUUGGCACUCACAGUUACACUGGUUUCGUCCAGUGCAGCUGACAUACCUGUAAUGGAAGACCCGAUGAUUCUCAUGAAUUCAACGCUGAACGUCAGUGCCACUGCAGGUAACCAGCGGUAUUUCAUCUACAACGACCUACAGCUCACCUUUUUCGAGGCCUGGCACCAGUGCCGAUCACAUGGACUGCGGCUGGCCACGGUUAAAAGUACGGUAGACGAUGCACAGCUGAAGUUGGCGUUUGCUGAGAAUGGUUUUAACGGUGAAGCACGAUGGUGGAUCGCCGGAACGGAACUUGGUAAAACCGGAAGCUAUGUAUGGAUCACCGAUAACAAACCAAUCGAAUAUACAAACUUUCUUCCGAAUGAACCGAACAACGUUGGUGGAGUUGAACACUGCUUGGAGGUGGGAAGCGGUGGAAUAGGAUCUACCCAAUGGAACGAUUACAAUUGUGACAAUAAGUUGAGAUACAUUUGUGAGUUGGACGCAUGUGCUUGUUGA